AUGGCAGACGAUGAGGUGACACAACCUGCGGUGAAUUCCACUCACACUAAAGAGAUACAGAAUCCUAUUGCGAAAAGUAGCACGCAAAGAUCGUCGAAAUGUGAUGGGGUACCGCAUUCCCGGUUUGGAGUCCGAGAAAAAUACAUCAUGGUGCUGAUGUGUGCUUCCAGUGGGAUAUUUUCCACGAUUGCAGGGUCGAUCUACUAUCCGGCUUUGAAUACUAUCGAAAAGGAGUUCAAUAUCAGCACAGAACUGGUAAACGUGUCUGUGGUGCUGUAUUUUGUUUUCCAAGGUUUGGCACCCACACUUAUGGGCGGCUUGGCCGAUACGUUUGGACGCCGUCCAGUUGUGUUGUGGUCCAUCACGCUGUAUUUUGUGGCUUGUAUCGGUCUGGCACGCUGCAAAACGUUUGGCGAGCUUUUGUUCCUCCGGUGUUUGCAGAGUGCCGGCAUUUCGCCCGUUAUUGCCGUCAACAGCGGCAUCAUGGGAGAUAUCACAACUAGAGGACAGAGAGGAGGGUACGUUGGCUUGACAUCGGGCUUCCAAAUCAUGGGCUCUGCAUUUGGCGCUCUGAUAGGUGGAGGAAUCACAUCCAGAUGGGGCUGGCGUGGUAUUUUUUGGUUUCUGGCAAUCGGGUCAGGAACCAGUUUGAUCGUCACGUCCUGUGUUUUGCCCGAAACCAAGCGUAGCAUUGUUGGCAACGGAUCUGUCAAACCACGCCAUGCGUGGUCGCGUGCGCCGAUUUUGGCGCUCCCCGCGUGGAAGAAAAAGUUGCAUAUCGACAACCCUGAUUACGAAACGCUGGUUCCUCCCGAAAAACUUAACCUAUUAACACCUCUGACUUUAUUUCGUCGUCCCGAAAUUUCCCUCUUGCUAUUGGUGGUUGGCUUGCAGUUUUCGCUUUGGGUGACGCACUUGACGGCCAUGGCGUCGCUGUUAGAAAAAGAUUAUCAUUUAUCCGUGGCUAAAGUUGGGCUGUGCUAUUUACCAAGUGGUAUAUGCACUUUGAUCAGCGUAGUCAGCGUGGGGAGGAUCUUGAACUGGAACUACAAACGGCGGUAUGCCAAACACAAAAUAUUUUUAGAAGAGCAGCGAGCGCGACUACUGGAGGAGCACAAUCAAGAUGAAAAAAAAGUGGAUAAUAUCUUGGCCACAGACGUUACAUUUGCCUUCAAUAUCUUUCGCGCACGUCUCGAGAUCAUCUUCGUUCCGAUGUUGCUCAGCGGCGCUGGGUUUAUCAUUUUCGGCUGGUGUCUGGGUGCCAAACAACAACUUGCCAUUGUGCUAGUUUUCAGUGGAUUCGCUUCACUGUUUUCCAACUGCGUGGUUGCGUGCUCCACAACCCUGGUUGUCGACUUGUACCCACAGAAAUCGUCCACGGCUACGGGGUGCGUUAAUUUUUCACGCUGUAUCAUGGCUGCCGUGCUCGUGGCAGCGCUUAACAAGAUGCUCAAGGCGAUGACGGUUGGGGGUACUUUUACGUUUCUGGCAGCUCUCACGAUGAGUUCAACUUUCACACUUAUCAUCCCCGUCAAGCAUGGCAUGCGAAUGAUGUACAAACGUAACAUUCGCGCGCUGGAAGCUCAGAAGGACUCCCUUGUCGCGGACAAAGAAAGCCAAGUAAACGGAACUGGCGUCGACGACGAGAUCGAGGAAGACGUCGAACAGGACGAUACAGAGAGUCACUACGACGAGACCUAUCAUCCCUCUCACGAAAACUGCAGUGUAGCUGGUUCUCGCGAAGUUGAGAUGCUUAGACGUAUGUCUACGGUCCAUUCAUCGACCGUUGCCACGUGA